AUGGCGGAUCAUGGUUUCCCUAUGACACGAAACAUAACCCGUGUGUAUAUUCGGGAAAUCAUUAAGCAAGGAGGUAGGACAUAUCCGUACAAGGUGUCAGAGAAUGGGCCGUCAGACGAAUGGUUCCGAAAAUUGUUUGCGCGCGACCCGGAACUUCAGGAACGGACGCCCGAGAGUUUGGAUCCGGCACGUUCCUCAAUGUCGAGGGAGGAUUUCAUAUACCCAUUCUUUGACUUUCUGGACAAAACCCUCACACAGCAUGGUGUAAGAGAUAAACCAUCACAAGGUUCAUGGCAACACACGCGUUUUACCGACGGCGUGCCAGACACAUGGCUCUAUGGGAGCAGCUCGACGGGGUAUAUCAACCAUGAGUUGUUCCAAACAUGGUUCAUGAAAGGGUUUCUGACCCACUGUGGGCGAGCAAGGCCGGUUGUGUUGAUCAUGGACAAUCAUGACGCACACAUUUCCCUACCAGUUAUUGAGGCUGCCAAGGGGAACGAUGUUGUGCUGAUCGGGUUUCCCGGCGAUACCACGCACAUCUUGCAGCCGUUGGAUGUGAAGAUAAUUGGCCCGUUAAAGACAGGAAUGGCAUCACUUGCGUCUGAUCUGGGAAUCGUUUGCCCGUCCUUGACUAUAGGGAAAUCCAAAUACCAUGUUUUACUGAAGUAUGCGAUGGACCGCAUCACACCGUCUACCAUCAUGGGGGCAUUUGUCAAAGCUGGUAUCGUCCCACUAGACAGGGGAGCCAUAGACGAGUCCCAGCUUAUACCGGCAAUGUUUCCCGCUGUGCAAAAUAUUAAUGAUGACAACUCGGCCCAGACAUGUAAAGAAUGUGGACCAUUCACGGUUAACCCUACCAUUCACGGUUAACCCUCUGGUCAAGGCCGGUCUAGUGCCCGAUUUACUUGCUGACAUUUUAGUACCACCAGCGUCAAACCUGCAGCUCAACGAUAUAAAAGAAGAAUAGUUACCGAGGGACGAGUAAUAAGUGGUGACGAAAUACUGAAGGAGUUAAUGGAACGAGAGAAAACUGCCGCCGAGAAAGACCGUCGAGAUGCGCAGCGAGCUUUGGAAGCCGACGAGAGGAAAAGGUUGAAAGAGCAGGAAGAAAGUGAAAAGAUUAAGAGAAAAGAGGAACGUGUUGAAAAGCGAUUGGCCAGGGAACAGGAACAGAAGAAAAAUGCGGACGAGAAAAGGGAUAGAGGGAAACUUGCUAACAAGAAGUUUACGUGUGGAGUCUGUGGUAUGAGAGGGAGAGUGUUGGAUGAGAGCAAGGGCAUUGUGUGGUUCGAGUGUGAUGAGAAAGUGUGUGGCAAAUGGUACCAUUUUGAAUGUUUGCAUCGUAGCGAGCAAGAUUACUUGCGAGAGAGUAUGGAAGAGGGAGAAAGCUGGUAUUGUAAGGCAUGUAAGCCAUGGCUGUAUUGUGAAGAGUGAAUGGCUGUGUCCUUUGUGUUUCUCAUGCACGAGAUUCAUGUAAGCUGCUUUUGACGUUUGGAUGUAUUGAUUAUUAUAAAACAUUAUGUAUUGAAUGAAACACGUUUUUGGUAUUAAAUAAUCAUCAUAUUAUAAAUAAUACAAAUGCAAUGAUAAUUUAUAGCCUUGUUUCUCUACCAAUAUGAAAUUAUCUCACGUUUAUUUAUUAGUGCGAUGACCGUACAACAUUUUCAAAGAGACAUCAAAAACGGAUAUUCUUGUAUGCACUGAUAUUGGAUUCCAAUUGUAACCCUAUUAAUACACACUGAAGAAUACAU